CGCGCACUUGCUUAUUAAGGAAGCAGAAAUAAUUUACGUGUUUCGUGUCCCAUUAUGAGCAAAACGCUGAGCGUCUGUAGUGAUAUAAGAAUAUAUAUAAAUAAAUAUUAAAGAGAAUUUUAAUAACAGCAUCAGGGUGUGAUCAGCUAUGGAGCUGAGUGAGUGUUCAGUUAGGGCCUUGCUGCGAGUGUUUGCCAAGGACUGCCUGGAGACACUGGUAUUCAAGGAACAUGUAGAGCUGCAUGCCAAGAUGUGGGUCACUGUGGAUCACAUCAACAAGAUGGAAUAUGAGUUCAAACACUUAUUUGCACCGUGUGAUGUAGCAACCUUCAUUGACUAUCAGCAUGUACAGGAGACUAUGACAGACCCAGUGGAGAUGGUUGCCUUGGAAACCAUGACAGACCCAGUACAGAUGGUCGAUGCAGAAUGCCAGACAGAGGUGGUCAAGACAGAAUUAGAUGGGUUUGCAGACACUGAGACAGACAUGAACUCCAUGAAAGAGGUCAAGGUUGAGGUCGUGUCUGAAGAUGAACACCUCGAAAGUGAGGAGGUUACCAAGGUGAUGCCUGCCUCUCCUGCAGAACGAGACACAACGGACAGGAAGAAAACUGACAGCGAGACUGUCUGCCUGCUUUGUCCUGCCAAGUUUAAGUCUGGGGACACAGAGCCAUUAGAGGAGCAUUUGAGGACCAGUCAUGAUGUCGGCAACCAGUAUAGCUGUCCAAUGUGCAAGCAAAUAUGUAUGUCAAAGGUCGCCCUUGCCGACCAUGUUACUCAAGCACAUUGUAAGAACGAGUCUUCAAAAGUGGCAAAGAUAAACGAGCCUUCCAAACUGGCAAAGAAAAACGAGCCUUCCACGUUGGCAAUGAGGAAGAUCCACGCUCAAAAGAAACAAGCACUCAGGGUAUCUGAUGGAAGUGAUACGGAUGAUGAUUAUUUGCUCAAAUCUAGUCUCCUGAUAAGAAUUAAUAAAAAAGGAAAGAAAAUUGUCAAACCCAAGGCGAAGAAGAAAAAUAUCAAGAAAAAACAGAAAGCCCCUAAGAAAGAAACAAUUGUUGUCCCUAAGAAAGAAAAAAUUGUUGUCCCUAAGAAAGAAAAAAAUGUCCCUAAGAAAGAAAAAAAUGUUGCCCCUAAGAAAGAAAAAAAUGUUGAUGAUUUAGAAAAUGGGAUUGAAAUUAAAAAAGAAGGUGAAAUGAAAGAAGAUGAUGAAAAGGAAUCUAGGGUUAUGGCAGACCCAUUAUAUGUGCCUGAGCCGAAUUCAGAAAUCAAGGUGAAGUGCAUCGAAUGUGGUAAGCUAUACAAGUCAAAGCGCGCACUCCGUCGCCACUUUAACACGACGCACACAACCAAUUCUCACGUGUGCGAGAUUUGUGGACACAGCUUUAGGGGCAAAGAGUCCCUUUAUCACCACAAGAGAGGUAUCCAUGACAACGCUAAAGUUUACAAGUGCCCCGAGCCUGAUUGUGAUGCGUCUUUCAAUUUCAGCCACAGCCUGCGCCUGCAUAGGCUGAAGCACACAGGGGCUAGGCCUCACAUGUGCAACGUUUGUGGCAAGACAUACCUGACUGGGUAUCAUCUCAAGGUUCACAUGCAGGCUACCCACUCUGAGAAGAAAAUUUUCGCGUGUAAAAUGUGUGACAAGACAUUUUCGUAUUCUACCAGCCUAAAGAUGCAUGAGGCCACGCAUAAGCCUCAAGAUAGGGUUAAAUGUGACGCUUGUGAUAAAUCAUUUGUUAAUAAUCAGGCCUUGAAGUACCACGUUAUGUCAAAGCACACAGAGGCAGGGCAUUACCCGUGCGAGGAAUGCGGGAAGGUGUGCAAGUCAGAGCUGAUGUUGCGCACGCACAUGAGGCGUCAUAGCGUCGAUAAUGCACGCUUCAUGUGCGAUAUAUGUGGGCGCCAGUUUAUGUACAAGUCUGCGUUGGAGAUGCACAGGGCUGUUCAUAGAGAUGACAAGAACUAUAAGUGUAAGACGUGCGGCAAAUCCUUCAAGACCUACCCUACCCUGUACAGUCAUCAGUAUGUGCACAGGCAAGACUCACCAUUCACAUGCAGCACGUGUGGAAAAUCAUUCAAAACCAAAGAGCGGCUUAAAGCACAUGAAAAACGCCACACGGGUUUGAAGCCGUUUGAGUGUCAAAUUUGUCAUCACUGCUUUCCGGAUAAUGGAGGUCUGUCAAAACAUCUUAGAACUGUGCACGCAAAGGUGAAGAAAUUUGUCUGUGAUAUUUGUGGGAAAGCCACAUCAAGGGCAGAUAACUUGAGAGUCCAUAUGAAAGUUCAUAUGAAAGGAACUGAUUAUACCCCGAAAAAAUCCAGAGAGUCGAGGCAUAAUACAGAUCCACAAAAUAAAGUUCCUGUACACAAUGCCUUUCCAGGUGACCAGGACAGCAAAGGGAGAAUGGAAAUCUUGUUUGACGAUGACUCUCAUUCCUCUAGCAACCACUACACAGCCCGGGACUAUGAACCUAACAUGCCCAAUUUCCCGACCCUGGACCCUGUCCAGAUUGCUUCAACCACCAACGAUCAGAGCAUGCCUCUGAACCUUCAUUACAACCAGGGAAACAGCGGCGGGCAUCUGGCGGCCCUAGGGGGCCUGCAGUCUCACAUCAUGGUGAACCGCUCCAUGCCGGCCACAUCCCAGGGGGGCCAGGGACACCACCAGGCACACAAUGCUGUGAUGGCAGUGCCGGGAAUCAAUCCAUCCCAGUUCAUGUAUCCCUGGCCUUACGUGUAUGGGCAUGCUGUGGCACCUGGCAUGGGGCCAAGUCAGCAGCAGCAGCAGCAACAGAGCAGCUCUAAUGGGUGGAUGACACCGGAGAAUACUUGAUGCCUUGCAGCUGUCUAAUAGACCUUUGCUAUCUAAUGGACAUAAUAGCUAUCUAAUGGAAAUUAUUGCUGUCUGAUGGGCCUUCUAGCUGUUUGAUGGGCCUUCUUACUGUCUAAUGGGUAGGUGACACCUGAGAACACAUCGUGCCUUCUUUCUGUAGGGACACAUCAGUGCUUAAUACCAACCCUGCCCCUGGAUUACAGGAUUGAAAAACAAAUAUGUAUACAGUAGUUUAUAUUUUGUAAAGGGGGCUUAAUGCAUGUUUAUAAAAUGUCAUCCCUGAUUAGGCAAAAGCCUCUUCAGACACUUUACGCACAUGCAUUAAGGCAAGUUACACAGAGCAAGGCUCAUAUAGACAUCUAUUGCUGGGUAUUUGUUACACAGAGCAAGGCUCAUAUAGACAUCUAUUGCUGGGUAUUUGUUACACAGAGCAAGGCUCAUAUAGACAUCUAUUGCUGGGUAUUUGUUACACAGAGCAAGGCUCAUAUAGAUAUCUAUUGCUGGGUAUUUGUUACACAGAGCAACGCUCAUAUAGGCAUCUAUUGCUGGGUAUUUGUUACACAGAGCGAGGCUCAUAUAGACAUCUAUUGCUGGGUAUUUGUUACACAGAGCAAGGCUCAUAUAGACAUCUAUUGCUGGGUAUUUGUUACACAGAGCAAGGCUCAUAUAGACAUCUAUUGCUGGGUAUUUGUUACACAGAGUAAGGCUCAUAUAGACAUCUUUUGCUGGGUAUUUGUUACACAGAGCAAGGCUCAUAUAGGCAUCUUUUACUGGGUAUUUGUUACACAGAGCAAGGCUCAUAUAGACAUCUAUUACUGGGUAUUUGUUACACAGAGCAAGGCUCAUAAAGGCACUUUUUACUGGGUAUUUGUUUCACAGAGCAAGGCUCAUAUGGACAUUUAUUGCUGGGUAUUUGGUACACAGAGCAAGGCUCAUAUAGACAUAUAUUGCUGGGUAUUUGUUGCACAGAGCUAGGCUAGCAUUUAUUGCUAGCUAUUUUUGCUAGAAAUUUUUUGACAUUUGUUAGGGUAUUUUAUGAAGAAAUGUCUUGAUAUGUGUUAGGCCAUGUUGUUUAAUACAUAGGGAAAAUGGAAAAGUAAGCCCUUAAUAAAUGAUACAAUUCUAUAUAUUUUUUUCAGAAAGUACAGGUAGUUAAAGAUAUUCCAAUAUUUUAUAGUGAUGGAAAGACUAUUUGCAUAUUUAAUAAUCACAUUAUCAAAAGAAAAGCUGAAAAGCAUUAAUUCAUCAAUUUGGGUUACAGAAAUAAUGUCCUUAUUAAAGUAUUUUCCUUAAACAUCAACCUCAUUUCAUUUUUCACCAACGGUUACCAAAAAAAGUUAUAUAAAUGGUCCAUACUAAUUCUGUACCAAUUGAAACUGGUGUAAUAAGAAUAUGUAUUAUAAUUUAAUUAUUUUGUUUACAUUCAAGAGGAUUUGAAUGAUUUGUUUUUAAUGUUUUUUUGAACUUUUACCAGUUGAUAAUGAAUACAGAAAUUACUUAUCUUUUGUAUUCAAUUAUAAUUAUAUCUUAUUCAAAUCAUGGAUUUUUUAAUUCCUUUUUGAUAACUAUAAUUAUUGAAUGUUAUUGAAUGUUUCAGAAUUUUGACUAUUUGUUUGUUAAUUCUAAAUGUAUGUAUGUCAAGAAUAAUUAUUGUCUUAUUAAAAUCAUGGGCUGAUUCCUUUUUGACAAUUUAAUUUUUUUAAACAGUUUGUUAUUGUAAUAACUCCUGCACAAAACAGAAGUCUAUCUUGGCUAUGUCUGUGCAAGUUGAUCUUUUUGUUACUUUAUUCAAAUUACCACAUUGUGGUUUGUUUUUAGCUCGACUAUUCAGUGAGCUUUAUGAGCUAUACUGCUCGCCAAACUGUAAGCGGCCGAGUUAUGCUCGUAUUAAGGUAAACUAAGGUUAACAUGCGACAGCUCCAUUUCAAUAUUUCUUCUACAGGUAUUCAAUUGAAAUUCCACAUUUUUUUGUCAGGAUCAUCAUGGUACGUCACUGACCAAUUGUCUCAUAAAAUGUCACAAGACCUGUUGGCAUGAUACUAUCCCCACUUUUUAUGCCCUGAAUGAGAGCAUAUAGUCUGUCCGUCUGUCUUUCCGUCACACUUUAGGUUUAGGUUUAGAAAAUUGCUCAUAAUUUCUAUGUCACUUCAGAUGUAACCUUCAUAUUUGGUAUUCAUGUGUAUAUGGACAAGUCCUUUUCACACGCAAACAAAUUUUGAGCCCUGUGACCUUGAACUUAGGGUCUGUGUUUAGGUUUUGAAAUCUGCGUUUAGGUUUCGAAAAAUGCUCAUAACUUCUAUCAAAGCGUUUUUCGGGGGCAUAUGUCAUCCUAUGGAGACAGCUCUUGUUUACUCAGCAAAAAGCUUGUUAAGAUUUGUGCUCAACCAAGAAACUUAGGUCGCUAUCAAUAUUCAAUUACCAACACAUAUAACUGACCAGAUUGUUAGCAGAAUCAAACCCCCUUUUUACUAAAAUAAAGCCUGGUUAACAUUUUCUUCCAAGACUAAAGAUAUGUAAAGGUGUUCAUGCAACUGCAAGAUAUCUAUUUAACAACUACAGAUAUUCAAUUGAAACUUCAAACUUGUCUUAAGCCACAGAUCAAAGCGUAUAAAUCUGACUUGCAGUGAAGCAAAAUUAUGCCCCUUUUUGUAUUUCAGGAAAAUUCAGGUUCAGGUGUGCAUUCAACAACUCAUUAUCUCUUUAUCUACAACAGAUCUGAUGUUCAAUUAAACAGCUAUGGGUGCAUAAGUGUUCAUUAUAUGUAGCCCUUGACAAAGUCCACAACUCUGACCUGCAAUUAAGCAGAAUGGUGCACCUUUUAUACUCAUUUAAUACAUUUUAAGAUUUGGUUUGCUCAUUUAUAUCUUUAGUUUGCAUGCACUUUGAUGAAAUUUUGGAUAUGGUGCAUGUUUGGUCAAGGUCCCUGCAGCUUAAUAUUUAUUAAGAAUUGUUUUUUUUUUGUUUUUUUUUUAAAUAAUUUAGGAUGGAGAAUCAGAUAUUUUGAUGAAAUGAGUCGUGUUCUGCUCAAACUGGACACAAUGCAUGUGCUUAAAGUGUCGUCCCAGAUUAGCCUGUGCAGUCUGCACAGGCUAAUCAGGGACGACACUUUCCGCUUUUUUGACAUUUUUCAUUUAAAUGAAGUCUCUUAGCAAAAAUCCAAUUUAGGCGAAAAGUGUCGUCACUGAUUAGCCUGUGCGGACUGCACAGGCUAAUCUGGGACAACACUUUAUGCACAUGCAUUAUGCCCAGUUUUCUCAGAACGCGACUCAAAUGUUGUGUGCAGGAAGCUUUCACGCUGAUAUGUGUUGGGAUUGCACUUGGCUCCAGUUAGGUCAAGGUCACUGUUAACAAAAAUAGAAAAAAGAAUCCUUUUAAUAACUUUAGUUUGGAUUAAUGUAUCUUGCUAUUAUUUUGUGUUACGAAAGCCUACAUUCAGACUUAGAGAGAGAAAAUGUUCAUUACUCUUUCAAAGGGAAAAAAUAGUUAACCAUUCUGUCUUUGGACAGCUCUUGUUAUUCAUUUUGUGAAAGAUGUUUUUAAUCUUCAUUAAUGUUUUUUAAAUCAAGUGCCUUCUUAGCUGGAAAGUAGAGGACAAAAUUGUUAAGCUAUUUUUAACUUUUCUUUUAUUAAAUUUAUAGUAAACUCUUCUUUAACGAUCCUGAAUUGUGAUUGAUCCUUUAUUUUUGGUGUUACUUUUCUGUUUACUGGUUAUUUGAUCACAUGUAGAUUCUUGCUUGCUUUCAUCUGUUAGCUCUUGUUUCAUCAUAUACAUUUAUAGUCAUCAUGCUGUGCAUCUUAACUGUUUUUAGCUUACUUGAGCCAAUAGUACUCCUCGAGAGUUUGUAGGAUACUGUGUUUUCAGUCUUCCAUCAGUCUGUGUGGGGGUAGCUUUUUUGUCCCCUACUGGUUUCACCGGAGGGGACUUAUGAUUUGCGCUCUGUCUGUCAGUCUGUCUGUCCGUCACACUUUUCUGGAUCCUGCGAUAACUUUAAAAGUUCUUAAUAUUUUUUCAUGAAACUUGCAACAUGGAUAGAUGGCAAUAUGGACAUUAUGCAUGUCAUUUCAUUUUGUUCCUACGUCAAAAAUUGUAGUUGCUAUGGCAACCAAAAAAAAACAAAAAAAAACCUGAAAAUAGUGGAAUUUCUGACAACGGUGGAGCCGGUAGGGGACAAUAUUGCUUGACAAUAGCCUUUUUUCUAAUGACUUUUCCUGAACCGCUGGGCAGAUUUUAAUUAAACUUCACUGGAAUGAUCAUCAAAUGAACCUCUUUCAAAAUUGUUCAAGCUUUAAUGGUACAUGUGUAUAUAAGCUUAUGCAUGUCAUUUGAGUUAACAAUGGUUUUUAAAAAUGAAAACUGUAAAAUUCUUUUCUGAAACCACAAGGUCAGGUUUUUAAAAUUCAGUUUGUAACAUUGUCUUUGGUCGUCUAUUUUGUGUAUUUAAAUCAUGACCAGGGGUCAGAAGUGGCCAUGUUUAAGGGGUCAAACAAUUUAUGUAGAGGUCUUUUAUAAAACACUUUGAGGUUUGCUAGUUGGCAUGUCUUUUGGCAGUCCUUGUAUGUUCAUAAAAUGCCCCAGGGGUCAAAUUAUUCAUAAAGACUUGUAAAGCAAAUAUCAACAAACCUAAACAAUCUUUUCUGAAACCAUAAGGGUUAGGGCUUUGAAAAUUUUGUGUUUAACUAAGUAUAGUUUUCCUCUUCCGUUUUCAAGUGUGAUCUUUGUGUUCCUUCCAUUAUUAAGUAUAGUUUCCCCUUUCGUCUUCAAGUAUGAUCUUUGUCUUCCUUCCAGUAUUAAGUAUAGUUUUCCCUACUGUCUUCAAGUAUGAACUUUGUCUUCCUUCCAUUAUUAAGUAUAGUUUUCCCUACUGUCUUCAAGAAGAAUCUUUGUAUUUCUUCCAUUAUUAAGUAUAGUUCUCCCUACUGUCUUCAAGUAGGAUGUUUGUCUUCCUUCCAUUAUUAAGUAUAGUUUUCCCUACUGUCUUCAAGUAGGAUCUUUGUCUUCCUUCCAUUAUUAAGUAUAGUUUUCCCUACUGUCUUCAAGUAGGAUCUUUGUCUUCCUUCCAUUAUUAAGUAUAGUUUUCCCUACUGUCUUCAAGUAGGAUCUUUGUCUUCCUUCCAUUAUUAGUAUAGUUUUCCCUACUGUCUACAAAAGGAUCUUUGUCUUCCUUCCAUUAUAAGUAUAGUUUUUCCUACUGUCGUCAAGUAGGAUCUUUGUCUUCCUUCCAGUAUUAGUAUAGUUUUCCCCAAAUACAUGUAUUCACCCCUAUUGAAAUUGGGAUCACUAGGUCAAAUGUCAAGGUCACUGUCACAAAAAGUGUGAAAAUUGUUUCCGAUCAAUAACUUGUCAACGAAUUGACAGAUUGGCUUGAUACUUCACAUGCGAAUUGGCCUUGGCCAUUAGAUGACCCCUAUUGAAAUUGGGGUCACUAGUUCAAAGCCCUGUUUGGAGAAGCAUAUGUCUCCGACCGCAGAACACUUGUUAGUAUAGUUUUCCCCUUCUGUCUUAAAGUAUGAUCUUUUUCUUCCUUCCAGUAUUGAGGUUGGUGCUCUGGGAAUUCAAUUUGCUCUUAUUACAUUUAACAAAACCUGUUCGGGAUUGCUGUUGUAGAUAAAUAUUACAUCUAAGUUUUUAGUAUGUUUAAUUUUUUAUGUUUAAUACAUUAGCUUUAUCUUCUUACAUAAUGAAAUGUUUGUUAUUUUAUUGUCUAAAUGUUAUUAGACAAUGUUAUCUAAGUUUUUAGUAUGUUUAUUUUUUUAUGUUUAAUUCAUUAGCUUUAUCUUCUUACAUAAUGAAAUGUUUGUUAUUUUAUUGUCUAAAUUUGUAUGUCCCCCAGUCUAUACUGGAGGACAUAUUGUUUUUGCCCUGUCUGUUUGUAGGUUUGUUUGUUGGUUUGUUUGAGUCAAACUUUAACAUUGGCCAUAACUUUUGCAAUAUUGAAAAUAGCAACUUGAUAUUUGGCAUGCAUGUGUACCUCAUGGAGCUGCACAUUUUGAGUGGUGAAAGGUCAAUGUCAUCUUUCAAGGUUAAAGGUCAAAUAUAUUGGGGGACAUAGUGUUUCACAAACACAUCUUGUUUUUAUUGUCAUUGAUCUUAUAUAAUAUAAGAUAUCUGCAGUAAAAUUUUAGAUUUAUAUUAGGAAUCAUUUGUUGAUGUAUGGGUUGAUAAAUGGUUUAUGUUUUGUAUAUUUGCUUUAUUAAUUAACUUCCAUCAUGAAAAUUGUGUUUGAUAUUUUAUUGUCGACAUUUUUGCAUGUCAUGUUCACUAACAUGAUAAUAGAUGUCUGCAUUAUAAUGAAUGUUAUAUUUAAGAAAUAGUUAUUGAUGUAUUGGUCAAUAAACUAUUUCAAGAUUUUAUUUAUAUAAACCAAAUAAACUAAAGCCAAAGAGAGAUGGGGUCGGGGAAAACUGGGUGUAAUGCAUGUGUGUUAAGUGUUGUCCAAGAUUACCCUUACACAGGUUAAUCAGUGAAGACACUUUCAGCCAAAACUGGAUUAUCGCUAGGAAAUGAAAAAACUCAUAAAAAGGGAACAUGAAUUAAGCCCAGUUUUCUCAGAGCACGGCCUAAGUGAAGUGAUGGAUCCGAUUGACAAAGAUUAGUUUUGCUGAUAAACAAUUAUUCUCUAUAUUUAAUUCUUCGGUGAUCUGACACAUGUUUAAAUUGAAAUAAAAACUACUGCGUGUAACUGUGCCACUUUCUGGAUCCAGGAGUCUUUAACAUUGUUUAUUUACAGGCAGUUUUAGAAUACUAUUUACAUUAUUCUAUAAAAAAAAUCUGCAAGUAUCAUUUUCUAAAAUUGUUGCAAAUUACAAGAUUAUUUUGCAUCUUUGUUAAAUUAGAAUGUUAAAAUAGUAUCACGCAUUUUUAACCUUUGAAUAGUUAGUGAGCAUUUUACCAUGUACAAGACUUAAAAAUUCACUUUCAAGGUUUUUUAAUACAUGUACCGGUACAUGAAUAAAUUCAUGGACUAUUUUGAAUGUUUUCUGUUAUUUUAUUCUAAGUACAUAUAUAAUAUGCUUCAUCUUGGACAAUAAAUAUGUUUGAAAUGAAAGGUUAAUGAGCAUUUUAACAUGUGAGACUUCAUUUUUCACUUUAAAUGUGUUUAAUACAUGUACAUGAAUAAAUUCAUGCACAAUUUUGAAUGUUAUCUGUUAUUUUAUUCUAGGUUCAUGUAUGUGUCAUCUCAGAAAAUAAAUUAUUUAUAAUGAA